CCGCCGGGCCUCGACGGAGGCGGAGGAGGAAGAGGAGCCGGUCUACAUCGAGAUGGUGGGGGACGUGUUCAAGGGGGCUGGCGAGGCCCAGGGGCCGGCCGAGGACCCCGGCCACAGCGUGGAGGCCAUCUACGAGGAGAUGAAGUACCCGCUGCCCGAGGAGGGGGGGCGGGGGGACCCCAAGUGGCUCAAGUUCUCCGCGCCCGUGGACUACAAGGCCCCGCAACACCCCGGCCCCCGGGGACCCGCCUACGACAUCCCUCCCCCCUUCCCCAACCUCCUCCUCCACCGGCCCCCCCUCCUGGCCUUCCCCCAGGGCCCGGGCCAGAAGGGGUACCAAGGGGGGGGGCCCAAGGUAACCCUGCCGCCCCCUCACGGCGACCCUCCACCAGCCCCACGGGACGGAGGGCCCCUUCUCCCCUCUGGCCGGGCCAGGAGCCACUCCACCCCCCUGCCCCCACAGGCCUCGGGCCAGCACAGGCCGGAGAAGGAGCUCCCCACCUCGCAGACCAUGGUCUGCACCCCAUCGCCACAACUAGCCCCCCUCCCUCACGACGGGGCCCCCCUCAAGGUGACCACCCACCCGCUCCUGGUCCGAGCGGGCCCCUCCGCGGACCAGCGACCCGGGCACAAGGCCGCCCCGGGCACUAGGCCCGUCUCCGGCCUGUACAAGGCCCCCCCGGCCCACGGGCUCCUGGAGAGCGCGGGGCCCCACCCCGGCCCCUCGGCCUGGCCCCACCUCAAGCGGCCCCCGGCCUACGACAGCCUGAGGGCCAAGGGGGGCCCGGCCGCCCACUACUCCACGGUGAAGGUGCAGGGGCAGGAGAGGACGCCCGUCUGCACCAGCGUCUGCUGCUCCCGCUCGCUGGUCAGCACCGCCACCACCCACUGCCCAGUGGCCGAUGUACCGGCAGGGCCGGGCCGGGCCUGGCAACGCAAGUUCUCCUGCGGGAAGAAGGCCAAGGAGACGGAAGGUGCCGCUCGAAGCCGGGGAGGGAAUGAAGAGGCUAUGGCCAAGGAGGAGAAGCCCUCAGCAGUGGCAGUGAAAGCUCAGGGGCUGGACGAUUCGGGGGUCAAAGGUCCUUCUCGAACGGUAGGGCAGCAUCCCUGCCCGCUCGUCUGCCAGUGGAGUGCAGACUCUGCCCUCAGCCAGCGUCUCGGCCGUUCGGCCUCCACGUCCGGUGUCCAGCACUCCCUUGCCCAGCUCCAGCGGCAGAGCAGCCUGUCACGUGACAGCCCCACGCAGAGUUUCCAACAGCAGCACGGGUUGAGGGAGAAAGACGGGAAGCUCCUGGAGGUUAUCGAACGCAAGCGCUGCCUGUGUAAGGAGAUCAAGGCACGGCGGGGCUCGGAACGCAGCUUAUGCAAGCAGGACAGUAUGCCCAUUCUCCCCAGCUGGAGGAAGGGGGUGGACGCUCGUAAACUGGGGACGCCCCCGUGCCAGCGGCAACACGCGGUCCUCUGGGACACUGCCAUCUGACAUCGCCACCCUCACCUCCUCCUCCGACCAGGAACACUGGGGGAAGGCCAUGGUUGCCCCGGGUAACCACCACCUUUGAACUCCACAGGCCUCAGGCCUAACUCACACUCACCCGGGCCUCCAUUUGUGUCUCGUUGAACUAGGAGGGAGGGUGGACAUGGAGUAGAUCCUAAAAUGGCGGCUCCCUCCCCCCGUCACACGAGGCAGAGCCAAGAUGGCCGUCACGACGGAGAACAUUGCCGACUGGACUCCAAGGCCGGGCGGGAUAUUGGCGGCCAUGACACCAUGGAAGGUGCCACAAUCUGAGCAGCUUUGUUGUUUAUCGGACGGGGGCGAAAGACCGGCCCGCCUUUCCCGCCGAAGUCCCGUUGACCCCCUCGGUUUGGUCAUCCGAGGGGAAGACUCAUCCACAAUCCUUCCAACAUGCAGAAGGGCACGGAACGCCGGAGUAACUCAGCGGGGGGACAGGCGGCAUCUCUGGAGAGAAGGAAUGGGCGACGUUUCGGGUCGAGGCACUUCCACAGAGUGAGAGUCAGGGGAGUGAGGGCAACUGGAGAUGCGGAAGGGUAAAGCGUGAAAUGGAAAGUGUCAAAGAGCAAAGAGAAUGUAGAUUAGAUCAUUGUUAGGUUGGGGAAGGUGACAACGAGGUAUAUAGAGUAAAAUUUAAUCGGGAUGGGGAGAGGGGGGGGGGAGAGAUUGGACAUGUGGACACCACCAACGGAGCUAAUUUGCCAACGCAUGUUGUCACGUGCCAAACUUGCCCGGGUGGGGAACGAACAAAGUCUGUCAGCCAGACCCCUUGUUUCCCAGAUGAAGGGGGAUCUAACUCCCAAACACGCCAUGUUGCUUUUCACCAGGAUAAGGUUUGGGCGACUGGAGCAGUCCGGGAGAGGGGACGCGCGUCCUCGGGUCGAAGGGUUAGCUGCCCCGUGCAGAGAGGGGGGAAGGCCUUGACUCGGGGCGGUUGAACCUGUGGAAGGUCGGCAUUCCCAAACCGAUCCUGAUCCCCAAACACGGAGCGUUAGUGGUUCAAGGAACAAUGUGAGGCUUUAUGGGGUGCUGUCGACUGGCGAGACCCCAGUUCCAUCCCCAUCACAGUGUUUGCACCCUCUCCCCACGGACCGCGUGGGUUCCUCCGGGUGCUCCGGUUUCCGACCGUGCUCCAAAGAUUGGCUUUGGUAAAAUUGGAAAACUGUGCCCGGUGGCUGUAGGCUGGUGCUAUGGGGAGGUUGCCGGUCGGCAAGGACUCGACGGGCCGAAGGGCCUGCUUCAGCGCUGUUUCACCGAAGUCUACACAGAAUAUGGGUAAAUGAGGGCUGGAGCAGGCUGGAGGGACCGAAUGGCCUUCCCUCACACUUCUUAAUUGGGCCCGGACUAAAAGGGAGGACAAGGUGUAUGUGUUUAGCCCGGGUUAAUGAGAGAGGGGGACGGGACCAUGAGGGGUGAGGCGGGAGAUAGGGAACAGUUGGAAAGCAGCGAGUCGUCUAGACCCAGACGUCCCGGCCCCACCACAUGUCCCCCACGCACAGGAAACCCUCGACCGGGAUAAUGGCGCUCAUUGGGAACUGGGCAGUGGAUGGGUGGGGGGGCUACGUGAAUGCAAUCAGCAUUCCCCCAGCCGCACCACAUCCCAGCAUUCCCAGAUCCCAACAUUCCCACACCCCAACAUUCCCACAUCCCAACAUUCCCACAUCCCAGCAUUCCCGCAUCCCACCAUUCCCACAUCCCAACAUUCCCAGAUCCCAACAUUCCCACGUCCCAACAUUCCCACGUCCCAACAUUCCCACAACCCAAUAUUCCCACAUUCCAACAUUCCCAGAUCCCAACAUCCUGCAUCCCAACAUUCCCACGUCCCCACAUUCCAACAUUCCCAGAUCCCAUAUCCCAGCAUUCCCACCUCCCAACAUUCCCACCUCCCAACAUUCCCACGUCCCAACAUUUCCACAUCCCAAUAUUCCCAGAUCCCAACAUUCCCACCUCCCAGCAUUCCCGCGUCCCAACAUUCCCACGUCCCAACAUUCCCACAUCCCAAUAUUCCCAGAUCCCAACAUUCCCACCUCCCAACAUUCCCACGUCCCAACAUUCCCACAUCCCAAUA